GCGGCGGCGGCAAGCUGCACACGGACAGGGCUCCCCGCGCUCAGGCGAGCUGCAGCACGACCACUCCCCGCGGGCGGGCGGGGUCCGCGCUGCGGCCGCCGCCGCGCUCGGGCCCGAGUUGCCGCAAGAGGAGGCGGCGGCGGCCGGACCUCGGCGCCCCCCGGCCGCGCCCCCGCGCGCAGCUCGCGGCGCGGGCCAUGGGGCUGGGAGGGCCCGGGGCUCGGCCGAGUUGAAGCGGCGGCGCCGGCCCGCGCGCCCCUUGGGGCCGCCCCCGCACCCCGCUCGCCGGCGUCUGGCUCUCAUGAUGAUGAAGAAGAAGAAGUUUAAGUUUAAGGUGGACUUCGAGCUCGAGGAGCUCUCCUCAGUGCCCUUCGUCAACGGGGUCCUCUUCUGCAAGAUGCGGCUGCUGGACGGCGGCAGCUUCACCGCCGAGUCCCCCAGGGAGGUGGUGCAAGCAAACUGUGUUCACUGGAGGAAGAAGUUCUCAUUUAUGUGCAAAAUGAGUGCGAGUGCCACCACAGGUGUCCUGGACCCUUGUAUCUACAGAGUGUCUGUGAGGAAGGAAUUAAAAGGUGGAAAAGCUUAUGCAAAGCUGGGCUUUGCAGAUCUAAACCUGGCAGAGUUUGCUGGAUCAGGAAAUACCACCCGUCGCUGUUUACUGGAAGGCUAUGAUACCAAAAAUACAAGACAAGACAAUUCCAUUCUUAAAGUUUGGAUUAGUAUGCAACUGAUGUCUGGUGACCCAUGUUUCAAAACGCCUCCUUCUACAUCAAUGUGUAUACCAAUUGCCGGUGAAUCUGAAUCUCUGGAAGAAGACAGAAAAGGUGGAGAGACUCUCAAAAUUCAUCUUGGGAUAGCAGAUCUCUCAGCAAAGAGUGCCUCUGUUCCAGACGAACUCGGUGCCUGUGGACAUUCUAGAACAUCAAGCUAUGCGAGCCAGCAAUCGAAAGUAUCAGGGUAUAGCUCCUGCCACUCCCGGUCAUCUAGUUUCUCUGAGCUCUGCCACAGGAGAAAUACCUCAGUGGGAAGUACAUCAACAGGAGUUGAAAGUAUUCUAGAGCCAUGUGAUGAAGCUGAGCAAAAGACAGCUGAACCAAGUCUUGAUAUAGCAGAUAAAGAAGAUACAGCUUUAGAAAUACUCAAUAGAUGCCCAGUGAAGCAAGAUUCUGUAGAAUCUCAGCUGAAGCGAGUUGAUGAUACCAGAGUGGAUGCAGAUGAUAUUGUGGAGAAAAUAUUACAGAGUCAAGACUUCAGCCUAGAUUCCAGUGCAGAAGAAGAAGGACUAAGGUUAUUUGUGGGUCCUGGAGGAAGAACAACCUUUGGAAGUCGUCAUCUUCCAAACAGGGUGGGGUCUGGAGCUUAUGAACAAGUUGUGAUCAAACGCUAGAAGUCAAGCUGGUGAACUGAAGCUUCCCUGUGGGUUUAAGAUGUGGGCAGUUGAGCUAUUAAGGCACUUUAUUCAAGCACUUAGAGCAAAUGAACCUAUUAAAAAAAUGAAGCAUGUUCGUCUGUCAAGAGGAAAGCCAACACUGAUUUCUCCUCUGAAGGUGCCCACCACUCUCCUUUCACACCUGCCAACAGGGACGUUGAAAUAGUAGGACCAGAGCAGUGUGCCACGUGUGCUUACAGGAAUACGGCCUCUGUGGUCACUGCACAUAAUAAUGAAAAGCCUGCUUUUUCUGUCAAAACAUCCAGUGGGAAAAAACACUAUACAUCUGAGUAUAGUUUUAGUGUUUAAGUGUCAAACCUGUGAUAGACAUGUUCAACAGAUUCGGCUCUAGCUUUUAAAUUUUGUGUUUGCGAGACAAGAAGUGAAAAUAAUUUAAACUAUAAAUUAUGCCAAGAAUAGAUAUAAUUCCUGGGAAGGAAAUCUUCCAUAGUAUACUCCUUACAGUAUUGUACUAAAUUCAUUCACUCUUCUUGAUGCAAUAAUUGAUAUAAAAUGUGGGUGUUUGUGCUUUGGGAAAGUGUUAUACUACAGUUUAAAUAUGUAAAAUGCUUAAUUCUAAACGAAUCAGUCAUAAAUUGAAAAACAAGUGUGUGUUAUUUAAGUCUGAGAUACAUGAAUGAGUAUAAUGCUAUUAUUAUGCAGUAUGUAUCAUUACCUGUUAAUAUUAGAUGAGCUGCAGAAUUCCCACUAGUGCGAUAUAAAAGACUAAGAGAAGUGUAAGAUUCAGUAUGUUAAGCUUUCAUAAGAUGCCCUAACGUAAGAGCUCUGUUAACUAACAAUAAUAUCUGCUGGGUUUAGGAGUCAAACUUUAGAACAACAGGAGGAAAAUUGAGAUGCGGUCAGAAACAAAACUGCCUUUUCUCUGAAGAUUUAGGCUUACAUGAAACUGAAAAUCAUUCCAAGGAGGUAAUGGAUAAAGAACAAGGGAUAGCCGCUUGACCUUACUGACAUGGACCUGUUGUUUUCCGUUUUCUUCUUUGCUGCAUCAGAAAUUAGUUAUUUUGAGGCAAGAAUAGAAAACAACAUACAUCAGGUAGAGCUUUUAAAGAAAGAAUAUCUGAUCUGGAUCCAGUUAAAUAGCACAGCAGAUAAACCUUAAGAGUUUUUCUGGUCUUACAUGACAGUUUCUGUGUGGAAAGAUCUCAGUUUUGUUGGACUUAAUUAGUCACUGAAAAAGAAUGUUGCUCCUAUGGAACCAGUAACUCCCAGUCCUUAACUUUCAAAACCAGGUUCAAGAAAUGCAGUGUGUUAGAAUUACUUUGGUCUAGUAUUUCCAUGUUGGCAAAAUAAGGGAAAAAUAUUAUUUUUUAAGAAAAUUUAUUUUAAUACCCAAAUUUAGAGGUUUGAAAGUUUUUUAAUAAUUCAUGUUAAGGGUUUUUUUUUAAUAUUUCAAUGAUUGGCUAUUCCAACUACUUUUAUAAAUAGAUUCUGAUUUUUUUUUAAAGAGAUAACACCCUAUUUGGGGAUAUUUUGAAUGUUGAAAGAUAGAAUUUUCUCACUUAUUAGUUAACCUUUCUUAUUAAGAUUUGUUAUGAAGAAAAACACUGACCUGAACAUUUUAAUCUAACCAAGGAAAAUACUACCUUAAGUGGUAAAGACUUGCUGUCUGUGAAUAAACAGGUGAAUGAUCCAUUCAUUAUAUAUUAUGGGAAGAAGAAAAUCAAAGUUUUUAAGAGAGAUGUGAAGAUAUUGUUUAGAGAGAUAUUUAGUAUGACGUCUUAAAAACGUAUUUUUCUAUUUUCAAAGUAUUAGUUCUAUAUUUUUUAUUGGCAUCUCUACAGAUGAUUUUGCAGUUUUGAAAGUGAUUAUAAAAACUAGGUUGUAAGUUAGGCUCCGUGAGGACGUUCUUCAGAUACAUAAGAGAUGCCAUGGUUAGGACACUGCCCCCAUCUUACUGAUCCUCGACUGCCCUUGGCCCAAUACAAGACUGGCUCUUGGUAGUUAAGAUGAUAGAGAAUUAUUUUUAAAAAACAAAAUGUGGAGAGAUUUUGAAAAUCGUGCCUUUGAUUGAGCAGUCACCAGAUACAUCUUGAUUAAUGUAGCAGUAAAUAUAACCAAUAUUUUAAUAAGUAGAAACAUUAGGAAGAAAAAAGAUGACAGUGUCCUCUGUAGUCAGUGAAAGUCUGGAUUUAUUUUAUUCUGUUUUGCGUUUUGUCAGCAUACUUUGCAACUAGAUUUCUUUAGAGUCCUCAAAAAUAUUUGUUGAAGGACCUAUGUGUCUUAUUUUCUAGUUUUUCUUAAACUAUUGUACUAUUAAUAUCUUAACCAUGUAGCUAUUCAAAAAAAACCUGCUUAUUAAAUACCAAGUCCACUUUUGGUUCCGUUUUGAGUUUAGAAAAUAAAUUUGAAAACUUAAUAAAUUUUUAACUUAAAUAUUACAGAUUUUAUUUUUUUAAUAUUAAAAUCUAAUAUUUAAACCACCUAGUCUUGGAGAAUUUUCAGAUGUAUAACGUUUUCUUUUUCUAAUCUUACCCUUGAAAAAAGGAUUCAUGAUCUUUUAACUUUUUAAAGCUAAGUAUUUCUGAUCAGGUAAUGAAGUGUCUUAAAUACCUUGGGGGGGGGCACUUCCUGUGACUUGUGCUGGUGACCAAGAUUAGAGAGGAUGUGAAGGGUCGCAAAGGGCAGAGAAGGCCCUGGGCCAUUAGUUUAUACACUGACUGCCGACUCCCCUUUGCAGUGGUGCUGGUGGAGGCUUCUGUAUACAGACAACUGAUUCAGAUGGGUUACUUAGAAUCUGAGAAAGUCUUGACCAAGAAUCCUUAAGUCCACCAAACCAUUCCAGCAAAAUACUAUCAGAGUAAUGCUGUCCAAACUAGAUUCUUCUGUAUGUGCUUUUUGUUUUUUAAAUAAAAACCACGAGCCACAGGUGUCUACCACUUAACCCAUUUGUUGCUAGAAGGGAAAAUAAUCUAGCUUCCAGUCAAAACAUAUUCAGUUGUCAAUGAGUUUUGAUAUAUUAAAACAUCCAGAAGUAUUUUUAGAAUUUUAAGAUUUCCAUGCUAACAGACUACUUGCAAGUUCAUGCUAAUAGUAUUAUUAAAUACUUCACUGAAGUUCUCUGAAAUGUUAGGCUUCCGUUAUAUAUGAUAAUGUUCUGAAAGAGACUGGGCUCAUGUGACAGGAUUGCAUUUUAACAGAUCUUUAACUGGGGCAGUUCAGAAAGUAUGCUUGGUCAGUUCUCCUGGAUGGUACGUCAUGUUAAUAUAAUCUAUGCUAUAGUUGAAAUUGGGUUAUGCCAUUACUCAUGUGUUGGCUUAGGUACUGUACAUAGUCUUAAUAGCUGAGAUGUUAAAGAAUAUGAAGUCUAAAAAUACAGAGGAUGAAACAUGCCUAUAUUAACCUGUUUUAAGACUGCUUUGGAUAUAAAGGCCUUAUUCCCUUAUAUAUGACUUUCUAGAGGAUAAUAUAUAUAUACACAGUAUAUUUUAAAUGGUCAUGUGAGUGAUCUCUAACUACUCUCCAUGUGACAGAAUUUGCGACAUUUUUAAUUUAUGUGGACAGCAAACUCCACAUUUACAAGUGUUUAUGUUCAUCCUAUGUAUAUAACAAAGAAUUCUCUUAUUGAUACCCAUUGACCAAAUUCCACAUACAGGAAGACAUUUAGGGUAUAUUCAGUUUGGUUUUUUUGGAGAUAUGUCUUAUUCUGGGGAUCACCUUCCUCUUAUACAUUUACUCGGUCCUCUGGAAGUUGACAGAGUUGUGGGUAAUCAUGUAAAUGCUUAUGAAUAAGAUUUUAUUGAAGUGAUUCCAUUAGUAUUCUAAUCUCUAAUACAUGGAAAAUGACCUUCAUAUUUAUAUUUUUUGUUAAUUGUCCAACUAUUAAUCCAGGAAAUGUUUUCCUUUUUUUUUUUUUUACCAAAACUAAUUUUUUAUUGUAAAAUAUUUGAGUAAUGUAAAGGUGAAUCUUACACAUGUUCAAUAAAAAUCAUAUCUUAAAGUUUA